CCGGUGUCGCGCAGGGGCGGCCGGGGAGCCGCCCUGUCCCCCCGCCUGGGGCUGCGUGUCGGGGCUCAGCCCGCGCGCUUCUCCCCUCGGGACCCGCCGCCCGCUGGGCGCGCUCGGGGGCCGCGAGCCGCGCCUGCCGCCGCGGCCGAUGGAGGCGGGUGGCGCCGCCCCGGGUGCAGGUGACACUCGCCAGGCCCAGGUUGCGGCCGGCCCGGGAGAGCGCGGGGAAGGCGAGACUCAGACGCCCUGGGACCGGGACACGGCGAUGCGGCGAUGGCCCGGGAGUUGAGCCAGGAGGCACUGCUGGACUUUCUGUGCCAGGCGGGCGGCCGCGUGGCCAACGCCGCCCUCGUGAGCCACUUCAGGGGCUUCCUCCGGGACCCGGACGCCUCCCCGCGCCUGCACCAGCGCCGCCGCGAGCUCUUCAAGGGCUUCGUCAACUCGGUCGCCACAGUGCGCCAGGACCCCGACGGCACCAAGUACGUGGUGCUGAAGAAGAAGUACAGGGACCUUUUGGGGGAGGAGGGGCUGCAGCGACCCAGCGACCUCCCCGCGGCCGCCGCCCCUGCAGGUGGAGCUGCGCCCCGCUCCCCGCCCGGCGAGCGCCGAGAGGAGCCGCCGCCGCCGCAUCCCAGGCGGCGGCGGAGCGAAAAGGAGCGAGAGGAGGAGCCGGCAGGUGCAGCAGCCCCAGCGGCCGACCCAGGUUGCAAUGGACUCCCCGCCGGCGGCGCGGGGCCGAGACGCGGCUCCCGUCACAGGGCCCAGGUGUCCGCAGCUGCGGCGGCAGCUGCCCAGGUCGGUGCGAAAGGCGCGGCGGUGGAGACGCGGGUCCGCUGCUCCCGGGAAAGUCUCCAGAACGGCCCGGGGGAGCUCCCCCGGCCGCCGCCGCUGCCCGGCGCACUCCCGGACCCCGCCACCGCUGGGGAGGAGACGGCGCGGGCUCCGGCUGUCCAGGACGAGCGCGGGGCUCCCAGGCAGCAGCGGGAAGGCGCUCCCCCUGAGCCCGCGCUGGUGUCCGCAGGGCCCCCCUCUCCUCCUCCAACCGUCGAGGCUACUGGGAGCGGGGCUUCCCAGCCCGCCGCCUCGUCCAGCCCUCCUCCUCCGGGGCUGUGGACCCCGGGCGAUCUGCAUUAUUCCGCGCAGCAGCAGCAGCAACAGCAGCAGCAGCAACGCACUCGAGAAUGGGUGGCCAGACAUCCUCAUCUCCCCGAGGCCCAGGAGCAGGGCCCCAUCCGAGCCUGGUCAGUGUUGCCAGACAACUUCCCCUCGGAGCCGGGAUUCUGGGUCCCGGAACCUAAGCCGGCGCCUUUGGACCCCUCUCCGUCCACCCAUUCUCACUCUCCGGUUGUUCCGGAACCCUGGCCCGGGAACCCCCCACUGACAGUCUUUCGGAGCAUUCGUUGUCAGCUGUCCCUCCAAGAGCUGGAUGACUUUGUGGACCAGGAGAACCACAGCAGUGAGGAGAGCAGCAGUGGACCCAAAGAGUCCCCUGGGGGUUCUGAAGAGGGCUUGCACGGUGCCCUGGGAACCCCAGAUGGGAGAAAGCUCAAGAAUUCAUCUGUCUGCCUUUCUCCAAAGGAGGUCAGCUCCAGAAGGAGCCCUCAGGGCCUCAGGAACAGAGAGGAUGGGCCUGCCUCUGGGCAGGUCUCAACAGGGGCUAAUGGUCUUGUAGGCCACUCACAGGACACUUUGUCCUGGCCAGCUCCCAGGUUAAGGAGAUCGCUCAGGAGGAGCUCUCAGGCCAGAAGAGCCAAAUCCUCCUCCUCCGAUGAGGAAUGUCUUGAGGAGGACUUGCUGAAAAGGAGUCGGCGCCCGCCCAGGCCCAGGAAACCCUCCAAGGCAGGAGCGGCAGCGUCCAGCCCCAGGGUGGAUGCUGCUUUGAUACCCAAAUCCAAUGACAUUAAGGCGGCUGUUGUGGAGAAGGGUCAGCUACACAGCUUGUGGGCCCCAGGUAGGCAGGAGCCUGCAGCCUUGGUCCUGCACAGGCCUUCUGAGCACAAGUCGUGUCUGGUCCCUCUAGAUGCCAGGGAGCAUGAAUGGAUUGUAAAGCUUGCCACUGGCUCUUGGAUUCAGGUGUUGGCCUUGUUCUGGGCGGAUCCCCAGCUGGCUCUGCACAAGGACUUCUUGACUGGGUACACUGCUUUGCACUGGAUAGCCAAACAUGGCAACCUCAGAGCCCUUCAGGACUUGGUCUCAGGCACCCAGAAAGCAGGAAUUGCCCUUGAUGUAAAUGUGAAGUCCAGUUGUGGGUAUACCCCUCUGCACCUUGCGGCUAUUCAUGGCCACCAGGGAGUCAUGAAAUUGCUAGUGCAAAGGUUGGCUUCUAGGGUCAAUGUCCGGGACAGCAGUGGGAAGAAGCCGUGGCAGUAUCUGUCUAGUAAUACCUCUGGAGAAAUAUGGCAGCUCCUGGGAGCCCCUCGGGGCAAGCCUAUAUUUCCUGUCUCUCCCUUAGUCCGAAGCUCUUCCCCUACCAGGAAGGCCAAGGGCCGGGAUAUAACUAAAAAUAUCACCCGAAAGACUUCCUUGGCUGCAUUACUCAAAAGUCAGCACAACAAAUGGAAAUUGGCCAACCAGUAUGAGAAACUCCCCACUUGGAGGGAAAGAGAAGAGUACAGUGACUAAGGUGGGCCCCCCUCUCCAACAUGCAGCCACCUCACCCCCAUCCUUGAGCCACUCAGUGAGAGAAUUCAGGGGGAACAGAAAAAUUGCCAAGGAGUUGGUAGCGAGAGGGAGAUCGAGUGAGACAGCCUACCUAGUGUUUACCUGGAUUUUUUGUCAGCACAUCGUGGAUCUCAGGGAUCAUUCAAGCUUUCUGACAGCUCAAGCACUUGGGCCAGCGAAACCGCAUGUGCUCUUCCUCUUCCCUUGCACCUGGGGAUCUGGGCACAGCGAGGCGCAUUGUUUUCUGAAGCAGCAGUACCGGGCCUUGCUUGGCCAGAGAGGGAACAGAUGUCUAACAAGAAGGGAGGCACUUCGAGGAAUUGACAAAGCUCAGACAAAAUCCUCUGGCUGGUAGCAUUCUGGCGUCUGUUCAUUUGGAGAAUAAUUUGGCUGAGAGUGGAAAGCACCAGAUUUGAAAUCAGAUGGCUCCUCUUCUUUUUUUCAUUCUUUUAAAAUCUUUUUCUUCUUUCAUUCUUUUAUUUCUUUUCCCCUUCCUUCCUUUCUCUCUCCCCUUUUUCCUACUCAAAUCAGUGAAGUGAACUUAUUACCUGAGAGCCAAAUUUCAUUUAAGGGAUUCCCCCUGGCUCGUAUGGCUCAGUGAAUUGAGCGUGGGCCUGCAAACCAAACAACUGCAGUUCGAUUCCCAGUCAGGGCACAUGACUGGGUUGCAGGCCAGUUCCCAGCAGGGGAAGCACGAGAGGCAACCAUACAUUGAUAUUUCUCUCCCUCUUUCUUUCCCUUCCCCUCUGAAGAUAAUAAAUAAAAUCUUUAAAAAAAAAGAGAGAGAGAUUCCUCAGCUCUGUCCUGGUCUUCCUUUAGACACAACCUACUGGAGGCUAAGGCAUGAAAUUAUUAGUGCCUCCUUUGGGUCUCUUCUCCACAAUCGGAAAAGCUAUUGGGUGGGAUCCAGUUAUGACUGGUGUUCAGGCCUUAAAUCAACCUAAGGUAAACUUCCCAAAUGUAAACACUGUUGGCACCCUUGCCUGGUGACUGAAACCAGCUUUCACAGAAACUGCCUGUGUCACAAACAGCGGGUCCGCGUGAGUUGUCUUCAGUAGGUUGGAAUGGCCAACACUCCAUGCUCACCAAAGGAGAGAAAUGAUUUCCCUUCGGGGCGGCAGUGAGGAUAAAGGGAUAAAGGCCUCCCCGCCAGGAGUUCUUUAAGCUGCUAAAUGUAAUUUUAUUUGCACUAAACUUGUUGCCAAUUAAGAUUAAAUAUUAGCCCAAAGUGCUGUGUCUCUAACAGGAAGGGCUCCUCUUAAUUGCUUGUGAUGGGGCUGGGGCCAAACUCUGUGGGCCUAUGAAACAAGAACGUCAAAAUUUCAGACUGUAAAUGUCAAGAUUUCAGACUGUAAAUUCAAAGAGGGUGAAAAGUGAAAUAUCUGAGUGGGGUUUGUGAAAUUUUUAUGGAAAUGUUUUCAUGUGCUGUGGCAAUGAUGAUGUCUUUCAAAAGUGUUUUUGUAUUUCUUCUGAUUAUCUCCCCUCCCCACUUAAGUGUCAGCAAAUCUUUAUAACUUAUUGUUUUUAUGCUGAUUACUCUUAACUUUCUUCUUUACAAAACUGUCUCAGUGAAUGUCAAGUAUUUUUUGUUUUUAGUUUUACUUUAUAACUUUGCUGAAAUAAACAUAUCUCUGUUCUAUGAAAAAAACAUUAAAAUAGGCAUAAUAAAGAAAUC